AGGUCCUACCGCCGCCGUUAGCGCCGCCCCAUUUCGGUGAAGCGGACAACAGGACUUAGGAAGACGAGUCUAGUCCUGGCAUCUAUUCAAUUUAGCACUAGGACUUUGCGAGCACUCCGGUUUGCAUUUCCACAUUCGACUGCGAUCCCAGACGCUGCUUUUGUAAAUCGGAAGAAAAUGGCUGCCAAGGCUGUAUCCAAGGUGUCGGACCUUGAUGGUGAAGCUCCGGAGAGUACCGAUUUCGCCAAUUACUUUUGCACUUACGCUUAUAUCUACCAUCAGAAAGACAUGUUGGAGGACCACAAGCGCACUGGAGCGUACUACCAGGCUGUCCUAUCCAACAAGAGGCAGUUUCAGGGCAAGGUAGUCCUGGAUGUGGGCACGGGCAGCGGCAUCCUUGCUGUCUUCGCAGCCAAGGCAGGGGCGAAAAAGGUGUAUGCGGUGGAGGCAACCAACAUGGCGAAGCACGCGAGGGCUUUGGUGGAGCACAACAAGCUGAGCCACGUCAUCGAGGUAAUCCAGGGUACCAUUGAGUCCAUUCAGCUGCCGGAGAAGGUGGACAUUAUUAUUAGCGAAUGGAUGGGCUACUUCCUGCUGCGUGAAAGCAUGCUGGACUCGGUGCUGGUGGCGCGAGACCGCUUCCUGCUGCCGGGCGGGUCGCUCUAUCCCUCGCACGCGGCCAUCUACCUGGCGCCCAUCCGCUCCAACCUAGCCAACCAGCGGACUGGGGAGUUCCAGGGUUCAAUGGAGGGCUGGGCGGAGUUCCUCCAAGAUAUGCAGCACUAUUACCAGGUCAGCCUGGACUGCCUGAGUGACGCCUACCGCAACGAGCAGAAGGACUAUUACCUGCACACCAGCCAAUGGACCGACACGCACCCGCAGCAGAUGCUGGGUCCCGCGUCGCCUUUUAUCAAAUAUGACCUUCACAGGGUCACGUUGGAGGAGCUCAAGGCCCCGCUUCGAUCAGAGUUCAUCUUGCACAUGACGGACGGCGGCCCCGUGGAUGCGCUAUGCGGCUUCUUUGACGUCUGGUUCCGGGGGAGCGAGGACAACCCGGUGGACAACGAGAUCCGGUUGUCCACGGGGCCAGACCCAACGGGCGCCACGCAUUGGGGCCAGCAGACGUUCCCACUGCAUCCGCCCAUCGACUGCGCCCCCGGGGAUCGGCUGCGGGUGUCGCUGGAGGUGGCCCGCAGAGCCGACAACCAGCGCCUACUGCAGGUCAAGGCCGGGAUCACCGUUGAGGGCACUUCGAUAUACGCGGAGCAGAGCAAGACGCCGCGCACUUUCCGAUGGAACAUUGAGUGAUGGCAGCCCCGCGAUGGUGUCGCGUUGACUGAUAUGCCAUUGCUGUCAGUUUUGGUGUGAAGGCGAACUGAUGUAGACUGUCUUGAUAACCUGAGCCGCUGUGUCGUGUGUCUAGGUGACAAGGGUUCGAACGUACCAGGUCGUAGCCGACGCCAUCUACGACGGCAACGGUAAGGCUAGGUGGCCGAAGCAGGGGUUCCUCCUAUUAGUUCCUUUUAGUUUUGUACAUACACAUACGCAGCUGCUCGGACUUGUCGUGACUAUGCAGGCGCCGAUGCGCAAAUACCGGGGUCUCGCAGGGUGUAGUGCCGGGGAAACGGGACGUCAAGGGGCCCUGGCUCGGCCGUCUGGCUGUGAGCCGAAUUCGCGUCAAUUUGUAGAAAGGGUCUUGUCAGGUCGGAAAUGGUUUUCCUGGGGACAUAAUAUUGGCUGAGUUCUGAGUGGAAUUAGAGGAGGUUUCAUGGGCCUGUGGACCCAUGCAACAUGUGGAGAAGAGCGACAGGGUGUGUGUGGGCGGCGCCAACUACGAACGUACUGCCCAAAGGAAAACGGUUGCCAGAGUGUCCGUUCAUUUGCGCGUGAGAAGCAUUUACUUGUGGACACCCCAGUUAAGUUCUUGCCACGUGGCGUGUGAAUUGUCGCUGGUAUCUGGUGAGAUCUAGUCAAUUGGAAGCGUAGGACCUGCACCGGUCUUAUGCCUCCCAACUGAAGGGUGAUCCCAAGCUUUAAGGAGUCACCCCUUG